CCAUAGUUUAACUCUUCAGUUAUAUUUACAUAAACCACCACUGUAAAAAGUAAAAGCCUAAAACCUGUCUUAAGCAUCGGAACCGGUCACCGGACACACCGCCGUCGUAAAACACCACCGCAAUGCCGUCGACCGGAAUCGCAACAACUAUUGAUCUCUUCGGAGAAGACCUUCUUGAAAACAUAAUUUCCAGACUUCCGGCGUCAUCGUUCGCCUCCGCCGCUUGCGUCAACCGCUCCUGGAACCUUGUUUCUGAUCGCAUUCUCUGUCGUCCCAAGCUAUCCUCCGCCUGGUCGAUCAAUCCUUCUCUCCAGGUUGCUGUAGAAGAUGUGGCGAAUAAAGUAUUAUCGGAGCCGAUUCGUCCUCAUUUCGCCAUUGCUUUCGUUGGCCGCAUAUUCGAUAGGCAUCAGGCUCACCAGCUCAUUACUGCAAAACUAGGCUCCAAAGUUCCGGUCAUUACUAAUUGGUCCCGUGGAAUUAUUGGGAGGGAUGUGAUUUCUGAUGAAUAUCAAGAGAUUGAUUGGAAAACGAAUGAUCGUGAUGCUGAUACUUCUGUACUUGUAAUGGAGUACGUAAAUAGAGCAAUCAUGUUAAUCGUUGGAUUUCUACCAGGCAUUAAAGUCAAAAUAGUCUCACUCCCAAAACAAACUGAGGCGCCACAAGCCGUUGUAAUUGACAAGUUUGUAACAGACAUUAGGGAGUUCUCGGCUUCUAUUUCGGGAUGUAAAUCCCCUGCUGCCAUCAUAAUGUUUAGUGAAAUUCAAGGAGACACAAUACCUGUUAUGGAAAAACUGGAUUAUGCACUGUCACCCGAAACUGUCAUUGUUGGUGCUUGCUACCCUUUUCUGCGACAUGAUAACGGAAGUUCAAGGAACAUAAAGGCCACUGAAGAACAUGCUUCUGCUGCCGCCUUGGUAUUUGUUGUGGACAGGAACAAACCUCCUGGUAUUGGAGAAACUCAAUUUCAUGCUGUGAUAUCAAAUGGACUAUUAUCCGUAGGCGAUGCAUACAAGGUGGCAUCUGUUAAAGAGGGAGACUAUAAAUCUUUGACUUUGCUCACGGCAAGAAGAGAAGGGUCACGUGAGAUUCUUGAUGGUGAAACUAUCAAGAAUCAAAUUUACGAGGAACUAGGACACCCGAACUACUUACGCCCUUUCUGCAUUGGGGUAAGAAAAAGAAGAAAAUGCUCAAUUGGUCAAGAAAAAGUCGGAUGGGUGACUUCUUUUGCAUUCCACCAAGUUCGGCGGAGUGACGAAGAGGGUCUGAUUGUUGAUGAUAGAGGCAUCAAAACAGGCGAUACUUUUCGUUAUUACUACUCAGAUUUCGCCACCGCUUUAUCUUCUGCUGCCAGUGUCUCUAACGAUCUAAGAUCUCUCAAGCAAGGGAGCACCACUGGCGAUGAUAAGCGGGAGGUUUUUGGUGGUCUUAUUUUCACUUCUUCCUCUUUUUGUGAUACAUUCUUCACCCAGCCAAAGAUUUGCAGGGCUCCGUUUACGGAUAACUUUCCAGGCGUGACACUUGGCGGGUCAUGUAGUUACCAGGCAAUUGGGCGUGGUGAUUUAAUACUGCAUGUUAAAGGCUCCCGAGAACAAAAGUUGGGGCGUUGCUGCUUGCCCAAAUGCAGUGCUGUCUACUUCAUAAUGUCUUACACUCCAUAAAAAGGGAAUUGUGGUGAUUUUGUGUUGGACUUUGGACUCUUUACAAGCUAUAACUCAUUCCUUAUUGUUACACUUUUGAGUUGAGUCUUGGAAGUCAGCCCCUUUGACUUUUUUUAUAUAAAAAAAAACAUGUGUCCCUCUUGCU